GACCUUCAUACUUCCCUUUCAGCCUUCAUGUAGGAUUACUGCUGAAACUUGUGCUUUGUUGAAGAUGAACACAAACACACAGCAGGGGACUGUUACCUUCAAAAAGCCAAAUGCUUCUUUAUCUGCAGAGGAAGUUGAAGAAGCUGACUAUGUUAAUGCAGCAGUAUGCACUGUGGACAACAAACCAGUCACCUUAGAUAAGAAGUCUCCCUCCUUCACUCAGUCUGUUCCAACAAUAGCAGUGAGUUGGGUUGUACUGCUUGUAAUUGUGAGUCUUCAUAUCUACUUUACCUCUGUCAUUUCUGAAAACAACAACAAGCUGAAUGAAGAAAACCGUAACCUGACAUCACGAAACCAGGAACUAGAGACUCAAAACCAGGAGCUGGAGAAAGAGAGGAACAACUUAACAGAAAAAAUACAAAACAUUCAGACAGAGUGGAACGAGCUCAACGUCACUCGAGCUCAGUGGAGCAUUGAUGCCUACUGCCCCAAAGAAAGUAACGUAAGACAGUGUAAAGCUUGUCAGAAGGGAUGGCUGGAAGAACAGUCCAGCUGCUAUGCCAUUAAUGACCCUCCAUCUGCAGGUCAGAGAAACUGGGAAGGAGCUCUAGAAGACUGCAGAGGAAAGAUUUCAGAUUUGGCUGUUGUAGAUAAUGAACAGGAGAAGAAAUACAUCAGUGAUAACAGUUGGGGCAGUUCAGGAGACAGUGGAUACUGGAUCGGCCUGAGAGCUGAAGAUGGGAGAUGGAAGUGGGUGGAUGGACGUAAUCUGACUGAAAGCUCCUGGAUACAACAACCUGCUGACAACGGUCAAUGUGUAAUUUCAGUCUAUAACGAAGGAUGGAAAUCAGUGAGCUGUAGUGACAGAAACCGAUGGAUCUGUGAAAAGGCAGCUUUAUCUGUUUAA